CCUAACUAAACUCUUCAAAGUAAAAAUUUAGAGAUUUGUGAAUUUGCAGUUUUCACCGGGGAACAUUUUCACAAUGAGUAUUAUGGAAUAUAAUGGUGCGGCUAUUGUAGCCAUGAAAGGUAGAGAUUGUGUAGCUAUUGCUGCUGAUAGAAGAUUUGGUGUACAAGCACAGACAGUGUCUACUAAUUUCCAGAAGAUAUUUGAAAUGGGUGACAGACUGUAUAUAGGCUUACCUGGUCUGGCCACAGAUGUACAAACAGUAUCACAGAGGUUACAUUUCAGAAAAAAUAUGUAUGAACUUAGAGAAAACAGAAAGAUUAAACCUAAAACUUUUAUGAGUAUGGUUUCUAAUUUGUUAUAUGAAAGAAGAUUUGGGCCAUACUUUGUUGAACCAGUUAUAGCUGGUCUUGACCCUAAGACAUUUGAACCUUACAUAGCAUCAAUGGAUCUCAUUGGUUGUCCCAUGAUAACAGAUGAUUUUGUUGUUAGUGGAACAUGUAGUGAACAAAUGUAUGGCAUGUGUGAGUCACUAUGGGAACCAAACAUGGAACCAGAUGAUUUGUUUGAAACAAUAUCUCAGGCUCUGUUAAACUCAGUAGACAGGGAUGCAGUGUCUGGAUGGGGAGCAGUAGUACAUAUCAUAGAAAAAGAUAAAGUUACAACUAAAGAACUUAGAGGAAGAAUGGACUAAUGUUUGGGUCCAAAUGACCAACAAAAUAUCUCAUCAGUUCAUUCAUGUUAUAACUUACAGAUAGUGUGAUAAGUUGUAUAAGUGCUAUUGACAUCGUUCUGAUUAUUAAAUUCACUUUCUCUA